CCCAGAAAUCAACAUUUCUACGAUAAGAAAUGAUCCAGCUGGCGAAACAGAAAAUUGAGCUCCGGCAGAACAAUAUUCCGAGGAUCUUCCCGAGGCUCUCGAUAAGCCCCGGAGGCUGCAUGUUGAUUGUACUUCAUCAGGUGCUCUGGUGGACCCGAUACCCGGCACCUGUUGGAGCGCAAUUCAUAUGACUGUGCCCCGCUCCAUUUCGCAACUACGAGCUACGACGAGGAGACGGACUGGAAAUAACAAUUUUUUCAAAGUGACACGGUCGAUCGAAUAAAUCACGCUGAAGUUUCAAACAAACCCAAACAAACGUCAGAGUCCGACGAAAUGAUCUCAAAAAACCCUCCAAUAAUUCCAGGAAUUCUUCAAUUUCGUUCCCCGUCGAAUUUGCAAUUCGUCGUUUUUCAAGCUGCCGCGAUAUUUCGCGAAAUAAAAAAUCGUCGAGCAGCGCGCACGAGACUCGUGUGCACGAUUCUCAAAAUUCUCAAAACCCAUUGAAAUAUUAAACAAACUCUUCUCCCCGGAAUGACGGUUCGUUGAGAGACCAAAUUUGUGAAUAAAAAAUAUUUCGUCCGACGCGUAUUCGAUUGGGGAGGAUGACAGCGGUAGGUGGCGCGCCGCGACGCUGAGUGACCGAGCGGUUCGUCAAAAAAUUGACGACCGCUCGGACCGCGCUCGCUCGCAGCAGCGUUAUAGAAGAAAAAACAAAAAUUUCUUGGUUAAACGGUCACGCUCGAGAACAACGACGAGGAUCCGAUAACCGAGCUUAAAGAUGUUGAGUAUCCGGCGACUGGGCUCGCCGAAAAAGAGCCUACUAAAAAUUGUGAAUUUUUUUAACGAACCGAGAGUAGCGAAGUUAAUGAAUCGUCGAGGAUGUGGAAACCGCGAAGUCGUCGGUUACGGUAUUAACGGGAGAUACAUGUACGGGGAUCACCAAACCUUCCCGUUCCCGGCUAUAAGGUUUCGGGAAAAUACACCCGAUCUGUUGGCACUUCGGGAGAAGGAGCGAGGCGACUGGCGGAGAUUGUCCAUGGAAGAGAAGAAGAUUCUUUACAGAGCGAGCUUCUGUUCGACCUUCGCCGAAAUGGAUGCACCUACCGGCCAAUGGAAAAGCAUUUUGGCCAAUUGUAUAUUUCUCGUGUGCGCGGCCCUCUGGCUGUGGAUUUACGUUCGGAUUUUUGUCAAUACAGAGGCCCCGAAAAGUUUUUCAGAGGAGAGUCGAGCGGCGCAGUACUGGCGUCAAGAGGCGAUUAACAAUGAGCCGUUCAGCGGAAAUUACAAGCCAAAGAAUGCAGACAAAUACAAGCCGUUUGCAGAAGAGAACGAACCUGGGGAAAGGGCGAAAAAAAAUGACGAAAAUGACUGAAAAAACGACGCUGAAAGGAAUGAAAAAUUGUGCAAUUAGAGAAAUGUACGAUGAAAUAAAAAUA